CUGUAAAUCUGUGACACAUACUAUCAGUUCCUCUUUUUGGUUAAAUCCCCCAAUCGCCACCUACCUUCAUUUUUUCCCGCUAUACAAACAACCCACUUUCACUUCAAAGCUUAAUUCGACGACCCAAAUGGGAAAUUCUUGCUGAUUCCACACACCCUGGUUAUCGAAUUUAGUUGGCUUUUUUUCUCGUUUUCCUAAAGCUUUGAGAAUAUGGAGGAAGCAAAUAACACGAACUUCAUAUUCAAGAACCCAAAUGAAGCCAUUGAAGCUCGAGUCAAAGACCUUCUUUCUCGUAUGACUUUAAAAGAGAAGGUCGGCCAGAUGACGCAAAUCGAGCGACGCGUCGCCAAACCAUCUGCCAUUAGAGACUUCUCCAUUGGAAGUAUACUAAGUUCUGGUGGGAGUGGACCCUUUGAGGACGCCUUGUCUUCUGAUUGGGCUGACAUGGUUGAUGGUUUCCAGAAGUCAGCGCUCCAAUCACGGCUUGGGAUUCCACUAAUUUAUGGGAUUGAUGCGGUUCAUGGGAAUAACAGCAUCUAUGGUGCUACCAUAUUCCCUCACAAUAUUGGUCUUGGAGCCACCAGAGAUGCAGAUUUGGCUCAAAAGAUUGGCGUUGCAACAGCUCUUGAAGUCAGGGCAAGCGGCAUUCACUAUACUUUUGCUCCCUGUGUGGCUGUAUGCAGAGAUCCCAGAUGGGGAAGAAGCUAUGAGAGUUACAGUGAAGAUACUGAAAUUGUUAGGAAGAUGACAUCUAUUAUCAGAGGUUUGCAGGGUCAGCCACCCCAACUACACCCAAAAGGCUACCCUUUUGUAGCGGGAAGGAACAAUGUUAUUGCUUGUGCCAAGCAUUUUGUUGGAGAUGGGGGUACUGAAAAAGGCCUAAAUGAGGGGAACACUAUCUCAUCGUAUGAUGACUUAGAGAGGAUUCAUAUGGCACCCUAUCUGGACUGUAUUUCUCAGGGAGUUUCCACUGUUAUGGCAUCAUUUUCAAGCUGGAAUGAACGCAAACUGCAUGGUCACUAUUAUCUCCUGACAGAAAUUUUGAAAGAUAAGCUAGGUUUUAAGGGCUUUGUGAUUUCUGACUGGCAAGGAAUAGAUCAUCUUAGCAUACCUUAUGGCUCAAACUAUCGUCAAUGCAUUUCCUCUUCAAUUAAUGCGGGAAUUGACAUGGUGAUGGUUCCUUUUAAAUAUGAACAAUUUGUGGAAGAUGUAAUAUCUCUGGUAGAAUCUGGGAAAAUACCAAUGACCAGAAUUGAUGAUGCAGUUGAACGAAUACUGCGAGUGAAGUUUGUUGCUGGUCUUUUUGAAUAUCCCUUCAGUGAUAGAUCUUUGUUAGACAGUGUUGGUUGCAAGCUUCAUAGAGAUCUAGCACGUGAAGUGGUUCGCAAGUCCUUGGUUCUGUUGAAGAACGGGAAAGAUCCAAGGAAACCUUUUCUUCCAUUAGAUAGGAAAGCUAGAAGAAUUCUUGUUGCUGGAACACAUGCUGAUGAUCUUGGAUAUCAGUGUGGAGGAUGGACAAAAACUUGGUAUGGGGGUAGUGGCAGGAUCACAAUUGGCACAACCAUCUUGGAUGCUAUUAAAGAAGCAGUAGGAGACAAUGCAGAACUAAUUUACGAGCAGCAUCCGUCACCAGAUACAUUAGCAAGUCAAGAUAUAUCUUUUGCAGUUGUAGCUGUUGGUGAGGCACCUUAUGCAGAAUUUCUCGGUGACAAUCCAGAGCUCGUAAUUCCCUUCAAUGGAAAUGGCAUUAUAAGCUCAGUUGCUGACAGAAUUCCCACACUGGUUAUUCUGAUAUCUGGAAGACCCUUAGUUUUAGAGCCACAGAUAUUGGAGAAAAUAGAAGCUCUAGUUGCUGCUUGGUUGCCAGGUAGUGAAGGAAGAGGAAUUGCCGACGUUAUCUUUGGAGAUUUUGACUUUGAGGGCAAACUUCCUUUUACCUGGUUUGAAAGUGUUGAACAACUACCAAUGCAUAUUGAAGACAAUUCAUAUGACCCUUUAUAUCCAUUUGGCUUUGGGUUGAAAUACAAUAUGGAAAAUCUUUAGGCUGAUUAUAUUGAUGAACAAGUCUGUCAUAAGGUCGCAAUUUCUUCAACCUAUAUGUAAACAUAAAUUCUGUAAAAUAUGUCUCUCUACAGGGGUUUAUGAAUUUACCCUGUUUUUUCAUCUACUGGUUCAAUGUCAUAAUUGUCAGCAGGGUGUGAGGGACCUCUUUUUUCUGGUUUUUUCCCAUGGAUGAAUUAUGAAUUAUUGAAUAAGGGUGAUCAAGUUGGCUA